ACCCGCCUGUCUCUCCCGCAGGGACGCCCAUCAACCGGCUGCCCAUCAUGGCCAAGCAGGUCCUGGACCUGUACGAGCUGUACAACCUGGUGGUGGCGCGCGGCGGCCUCGUCGACGUCAUCAACAAGAAGCUGUGGCAGGAGAUCAUCAAGGGCCUCAAGCUGCCCUCGUCCAUCACCAGCGCCGCCUUCACGCUCAGGACGCAGUACAUGAAGUACCUGUACCCUUAUGAGUGCGAGAAGAUGAAGCUGUCCAACCCGGCGGAGCUCCAGUGCGCCAUCGACGGCAACCGGCGCGAGGGGCGGCGGUCCUCCUACGGCACCUACGGGGACACGGUGCAGCCCCCUCUCCUCCCCCUACAGAACCUGCAGUCUCUCCAGAACCUACAGAACCUACAGAACCCCCUCAGUCUAGUACCGCGACCACAGCUCAACGGCAACGGGAACGGUAGUUCUCAUCCGCUGGCACCGCAGGACUAUCUCUUGGGUCGCGGAGGUUCCCCCCCGGGGUCGCAGGAGGCGCUGCUGGAGGCGACGCGACUCACCAUGUGGAAGCUGUACAACCAGGGCCUCGGCGGAGGCUUCCAGCACGAGGAGGACGGGCCCAAGCUGCCCCCGCCCCCCCACCCCCUGGCGGGCAUCCCCUUCCCGCCGCAGAAGGAGGCGCUCAACCUCGACGUCAAGGAGGACGAUGUGCCGCCCCUUCUUGAUAACCGAGGAUAUCAGGCCUUCUGCUUGCAGCGGCCGGGGCGCGUCAAGGAGAGCGACCAGCGCGCCGACCUCCGCAACGACCUCCGCAACGACCUGCGCAACGACCUGCGCAACGACAUCCGCAGCCGCCUAGAAGAGGGGUCGUUGCCCCCCGCGCCCAAACGCCAGGCCCAGCAGGAGGACCCCCACGACCACCGCCUCCCUCCCCCCACCACCCCCGGGCCCCCAGGCCAGUCGGCCGCCAACAUCAAGAUCACUUCCAGGGGCGACGGUCGAAGCCAGGACCAGAGUUUAGUGGUGAGCAUGGAAAUCAACGGCAUUCUGUACCAGGGGGUUUUGUUUGCUCAGGCGCCCAGGGCCCGUUUCAGCUAAGGCGGCGCCCCCUGCCGACCACCUGGUAAACUUCCUCCUCCCGAGGGCUGAGGCUGGCGCAGGGCCCGCCCCCUACCCCCUGCCAGAUAGUCUAGGUCUGGGGGCUGUGGGCGGUACAGAAGUAGUCGUUGCUGGAGAUGUCACGGCCCGCGAAGUCACGGGACGUCGAGGCGCCUAGGACUUCGACGGCGCUCCAGCCAUGCGACGAGACUUCCGCCAACUUCAGUCUUCUGUUCCCCCAGGGGCCGAGUCUCCCGGAUUCGAACGCGCCGCGGGGGAAAUACCAUGUAAUAAAGUCAUUGUAGUGCUUAAUGAAACUUGGCGAAACCCUGAAUCAGGGUCACUUGUAUUUAUUUGUGUAAUUAUUACGAUGUUGUGUGAUGAUGAUACUUGUACAGUAUUGUUCCGUGAGAGCAAGUGACGUAUUCCUGUUUCUCUCCUGUUGUUGUCGGGUCAGUUUAUGCUAAGACAACCGUGCGGUGAUCUCAUGAACCUAAUACUCAAGUCGGGGGGUUCUGAUGCUUCCUGCUGCGGGAGCCUCGGCGGAAGCGGCCCAGAAAGGCUCCAGAAGAGCGCGCUGACGUCUUCCCGUCAGUGUGGAGUUCCGUGAAGCACCGUAGAAGGCUGCAGCGUCCCCGCCUGUGGUUGCGAGAAGCUGUGGUGAUCCCAACAGAUGCUGCCAAAGACUGUAGUAUCCUCCAGACGCUGCCAGCGCCGCGGCGUCCUUCCUAGACUGCGGGAGACCACGCCGCCUACUGCAGGAGGCGCGGGACGACAGGACGUCUCCAUUCCGGUGGACGAGAAGAUUCAAGCCACAGGUGUUUGUUCACUGGAUGACACAAGCACACUGCCAUGAACUGCCAUGAACAUCGUGCGGCGGAUCGGAGGCCACCGCCGUCAGAACCGCCCCACCCACUUUAUACAUAUAUAUAUAUAUAUAUAAACACAUAGAAUCACUUGCCGCUCCCGACCGAACGCCUUCUCCAGGCGAGCCAGUCGGCGGCCGCGGAAAAUAAAAAUAAAAAGCCACCGUUAGCGCCAGGUGUGGCCGAUCCUGUUAAUUUGUUGAUUGUUUCUGUUUGCAAUGUUUUGGUUGAACGCUGUUGACUUGUGCGUUUUACGAAGUGUUGAGACUGAGCGAAGGCCGAGCGGGUGAGCACGGGCGCCCAGGCCGACGGCUCGGCCCGCGGGAGGGAGCGCCGCCCCCCCGCCGGCCGGCACUGUGGUGACUCGCGUGCGACGAUGACUUCACACUACGUUAGAAAUGUUGAUGUUGUGAGACAGACCCAGAAGAGACCACAUGUCAAGUCCUGAAAGCCUUGAUAACAGAGUGCAAUAUCCUGUUGUUACGAUGUGAAAGAUCUCAAAAUUGAAAAAAAAAAAUUCUUUCGAAUAUUCUUCGUACCUGAAUUGUUUUGACUAAAAAAAUUCCAGGUUAUGAUUUUUGUGUCUCCUAUUACCAUAUACAAAUUAGCUGACAAUUAGUCAAUUGUCUCCCAACCUUCUACAUUAAUCAGUAGCAUUUUUGUAAUGCCUUACAUUUUUUUAUUAGACUUAUUUUUGCUAGGAGGAAUAUUUACUGUUAGUUAGUCAUUGGUUAGGUUAGGUUGGUGUGCAUGGUGACGUGGUGGUGCAUGUGGCGAGCGCGCGCGCCCGCACGGCCUCCGCCCCGUGCCCCGCGCGACGUGUGCCAAAAGCAGGGCGGCGGCAAGGCGGUCGGCCGGCGCGGGCGAGCGCGUGUCUAGCAGUUAACUCAGGGAUCCUCCUCAAGUGAUCGCGCUCCGCGGCUCCAGGCGGCUGCGCUUGCGGCUGCGGCUGCUGCGGCGACCCGUCGAGGACGCUGGGCCGCGGGCGGGGUCGCAAGUGUGCGUGUCUGCGUGUGAGCGUGAGCGGCGCCGCCAGCGAGGGGCGGGCAGGGCGAGGCGGGCGGCGGGGGCGCGCGAGGACGAGCGCUCCCGAGCCGCCCCGCGAGGCACGGCCGCGCCCCUGCGCUUGCCCGGCGCCCUGAGGUAGCGGGGGUCCGCUGGCCGGCCCUGAGUGUAGCCAGGGGGUCCUCGCCCCCUCCCCCUCCUUCCUCCUCCGUGAACUCUCCCUGUGCCACGUGGGUUCAGCGUGUUCCGACCUAUUAUCUUAUUGCUACCAUUACGAUGUUAAUGUUAAGGUUAUGUUGUAAAUGACUUGUCAUGUACAGAAUGUACAGCUCUCCAGUGUUCUUCCCAGACCACCGGGGGAGCCGCGCGCCCCCAGCAUGGAUAACAGAUAAGCUUAUAGGUAGAGCGGCAGUUACUUAAAAGUGAAACAGUAACAAUAAAGUGUUAGUAGUGACUC